CUGCUUCUCCGCCACUUGAGCAGUGGAACACCCUCCGUGUGUCACCCUCCUUCCUUCUGGAUCAACUCAUUUGCUUUCUUUUGCAUCUCCGCCCGCUCGUGGAAAGUACACAACUAUUAACGGAGAGCACAACUUCAGACGGCCAAGUUCAACUAAAUCCAGACAAGAUAAUUUUGUUCUGCGGCCGGAAUAACCGAGCGGGAUCUGCAGACGACCUACACCGGAUCGCGACUGCGUGCGCCCGGGCACAGACUCUCCGAGGACCCCCGAGGGCUGGAGGGUUGUACAUUUUUAUUUUUUUUUUGCACGGCUUCUUUUGCGACCAACAUUGGACCUAACUGAACACAGGAUCCCGGAUUCUCCUCCUCCUCAUUUAGAGAGAGAGAAUGUUGUUGGACAGCCUGUGCUGUCUGCUGGCCCUGCUGGCAUGUUCGUCCGCGGGGCUCCCUCCGGCCCUGGAGCCACUCUCUGCCCCCAGGAUUUACCUGUCCUUCAAAGAGUUAAAGUCGACCGGCACCGCUCACCACUUCUCCUUCUUGCUAAACUCGAGCGACUAUCGAAUUCUUCGCAUGGACGAGGACCACGACCGCAUGUAUGUGGGUAGCAAAGAUUACAUCCUGUCUCUGGAUCUGCACGACAUAAACAAGGAGCCACUCAUUAUCCACUGGCCUGUCGCUCCUCAGAGGAAGUCUGAAUGCGUCCUGUCUGGAAAAGACACCAAUGGCGAAUGCGGUAACUUCAUCCGUCUGAUCGAGCCGUGGAACCGUACUCACCUGUACGUGUGCGGAACGGGAGCGUACAACCCCAUCUGCACAUACGUGGACCGAGGACGCACGUCACAGGGCUCCUACUACCUCCAGGCCCCCAAAUCUGGAGGGAGAACCAAUCGGGCAGCAGACCAGAGUGACACGUCAGAACUUUUGGAGGCCAAGGAAUAUAUUUUCCGCCUCGAGCCGGGCAAAGUGGAUUCUGGGAAGGGAAAAUGUCCAUUUGACCCCAAAUUGAACAGCGUCUCCGCUUUGAUCAAUGGAGAGCUGUACGCGGGAGUGUACAUCGAUUUCAUGGGAACCGACUCGGCUAUCUUCCGUACACUGGGGAAGCAGACAGCCAUGAGGACCGAUCAGUACAACUCCAGAUGGUUGAAUGAUCCGACAUUCAUCCAUGCACACCUCAUCCCUGACAGCGCCGAGAAGAACGAUGACAAGCUCUACUUUUUCUUCCGUGAGAAGGCCACCGAGAUGGGUCAGAGUCCCAUGAGCCAGUCCAGAAUCGGGCGGAUCUGCUUGAAUGACGACGGCGGCCACUGUUGUCUGGUGAACAAGUGGAGCACCUUUCUGAAGGCCCGGCUCAUCUGCUCGGUGGCCGGAGCCGAUGGUGUCGAGACGCACUUUGAUGAGCUCAGGGAUGUUUACAUCCAGCCGACCCAAGACACCAAGAAUCCUGUCAUCUACGGAGUCUUUUCAGUUUCAGGAUCUGUGUUUAAAGGCUCGGCUGUGUGCGUCUACUCCAUGGCAGACAUCCGCAUGGUCUUCAAUGGUCCUUUCGCCCACAAGGAAGGACCCAACUAUCAGUGGGUGGCCUACACGGGGAAGAUUCCUUACCCCAGACCUGGCACUUGUCCUGGAGGGACGUUCACCCCCAACAUGAAAUCCACCAAGGAUUACCCGGACGAGGUGAUCAACUUUAUGAGAAACCACCCCACCAUGCACAACUCCGUAUACCCGGUACACAAGCGGCCCCUGGUGGUCCGGACCAACGUGGACUACGAGUUCACCACCAUCUCCGUCGAUCAAGUGACGGCCGCCGACGGAAGCUACGAAGUCCUCUUCCUGGGCACAGAUCGCGGAACGGUGCAGAAGGUGAUUGUGUUGCCACGAGACGACCUUCAGACCGAGGAGCUAGUUUUGGAGGAAGUGCAGGUCUUUAAGGUUCCCACCCCGAUCACCACCAUGAAGAUCUCAUCCAAGCGCCAACAACUGUACGUGGCGUCCGUACUGGGUGUGACCCACCUGGCGCUCCACCGCUGCGACGUGUAUGGCGAGGUGUGCGCUGACUGCUGUCUGGCUCGAGACCCGUACUGCGCCUGGGAUGGAAAAUCUUGCUCCAGAUACUCGGCGUCGCAGAAGAGACGCAGCCGUCGUCAGGAUGUCAAGUAUGGUAACCCCAUCCGCCAAUGCAGAGGCUACAACUCCAAUGCCAAUAAGAAUACUCUGGAGACAGUUCAGUAUGGCGUGGAGGGCAGCACCACGUUCUUGGAGUGCCAGGCGAGGUCCCCACAUGUUUCCCUCAAGUGGCAUCUUCAGAAAGAGAACAGUGACAGAAGAAAAGAGAUUCGCUCCGAGGGCCGCAUCCUGAAGACGGACCAGGGACUCCUGAUCCGCUCACUGCAGCCAUCAGACAGCGGCAUCUACCAGUGCACAUCCACAGAGAAGAACUUCAAGCACACACUGGUCAAGCUGCAGUUGGUGGUGCUCUCCAGCCGAACCGUCAACAACGUCCUGGUAGAGACGGGCGCACCUUCCCUCGCCUUGGCACCACUGCAGUCCAGCGCCUGGACGCCAAGCGCCGGCCAGUACAAGGACCUGCUGACUAUCCUGAGCCAGCCGGAGAUGGGCCUGAUCAACCAGUACUGCCAGGACUACUGGCAGCUGGGGGACGGCGGCGGUGGCCUGGGGGAUGCCAAAGCCAAGAGUCUGAAGGAGCUGAAGGAGCAGAAGAAGCCGCGCAACCGCCGGCAUCGCGAUGACGAGACGAGCCCGGCGGAGACAUGAGGAGCCGGAAACGACCAGCAGCGAAUCGACCACACCUCCAGAAAUGCUACACUAUCCCUCCAGUUUUGAGGUGUGACUCAUAACGGACGCAAUACAGCAGAAAAGACAAAAAAACUCUCGGAUGAAACACACAAUAUUUAUUGUAGGUUGUAAAAAGUAAUUCUUUGUACCUAUCUAGGGAAAAAAAAGUUUUUUUGUUUUUUGUUUUGUUUUUUUUUUGUGAAUAGGUUGCUGUUAUUAUUCUAAUGUUCGUGUUACUGACUGUGUAUUAUGUCGAGGAUGUCUUUUUUAAAUGUUUGGUGUUUUGGGAGCAUCCACGCAUGGACGAGAACUAAAAAAAUGGAACUUGGACUACAACGCUCCUCUCGAAAGCUGUUGAAAGAUGGCACAAAAAGAGCAUUUUUCAGGACCACGCAAAUGCCCACAGACUUGUCUUCAUGUUCCAAUGCCUGGCCAAAUUUUUCCGGAAUCAUCCAACUAGUGCACACGUUACCAAUUUUUUUCAAUGUGAGAGACCCCACACAGCAAAGGAAGAACGCUUGGUGCGUUCUUACUGCAAGUAUACAGAAUACAGUGCUGGAAAAAAAUGAGAGGCCACUGCAAAAUAAUUUGUGUAUGCCAACAUAUUCGUGACAGAGAUCCGCAGAAUCAGUUUGUCGUUUUCUUCUGUCUGUCAGAAAAGAAAAUACUUGAGCACGCAAAGUAGCAGCAUUACAUCAUCAUGCAGUAGCAUAGCAGACCGAACCCUUCCUGAAAAACGAGACUGAAAGUAUAUUUGAUAUUAUUGUAAGUCACUGUAACAUAUACAACAAAUAUAUAACGUAUACACAGUUUGAACAUUAACGCUGUUAUAAUAUAUGAAGAAAAAACAUAAAGGAUUAAAAAUUUGAUUAAAUUGUAUCAAGAUCAAAGUUUAAAAAAACAACCAGUUCUUAACUAUUAAAAACUCUGUAGAGUGAAUUCUGUGAAUACAGUAUACCUGUACAUGUUUGAAGACGAAAUUGCUGAAAAAUGUUGAAAGACGGAAAAGUAUGCAGUACUCAAAUUUGGAAAUAUAUGUAUAGCAUUGAGCUGCUUUUCACCAUUUCGGUUUUCCUGAUUUUUUUUGACGUGCGGUGCCGAGUGACCCACUCCGGCGUCAGGCAACUCCUCGCUCCAUACGUUUCGAAUUUGAGCGCCUUCUUUUGUAUCAGUUGUAAUCCGACGCGGUUGCGAGUUACAGUGUUAAUUUUACUCGGCCCAAUCCAAUUCGCUCGCGAGCGAACUGGUGACUCUCACCUCUCGUUGCAGCAUGGGCAGACCCAAAACAAUGCGGUGGGAUACAUUUCAGCGACUGGAAGCUUUAAGUGGAUGUUUUUUUUUUUUUUUUUUUUUUGCGGCUCAAACAUGUAGUUUUGCGUAGGCAUAAGAAUGCCGCUAUAAAUAAGUUGUAUUUGAUUGACAGCUGGGCGAGGCAUGAGGAGACAUGGUAGAGUGAGAUCCACGUACCAAAGGUGAUACAAGUACCACACUCUGAGAAUCACUGGUCUACAGUAUAUGGUUACGACGCAAGCACAGCAAAGCAGCAUUGGUCCAAAAGUCCCAUCCUUGACUUUUAAAGUCUCUUAUUUUUCUCAUUUCAUUCUGCAGUGGAGUUCUUUUCAUUUUUCCCAGAACUGUAUAUCGCGACUGGUAUAUUCAAUCUGACCACCGCAAUUGCAAUCGAACCACACGCAUAAGGAUUUGCGAUGGGAAAUACUGAACAGAUUCAAAAUUUGUGAUCGUCAACCAUAAUCAUCUUUCGAGAAAAGUCAUUCUUAACACACCGCACACCACGGGAUAAUCACUCAUGAUAAUCUUUUACAGGUAUCCGCUUUGAUAGGAAAUGGAGGUGGUUGGAGAAAACUUCGAUUUGAGGCUAUCAUCGAUAAGUGUGCUUGCUGCUUUCGUUAUCUUUCCAUUUAAAUGGUGAAUCUUCAGCACGUGAUCAUUGUUCUGAGGCAGAAACGGUCUCGUAGGAACACAAACAUAGGAAUCUUAUCUCCAAAAUGCAGAUUCCAGCAGGCAGCUAUUCUUAACUACAUCUGUGCAAAAUAAAAACAAAGCACCUUCAAUUGCCGAACACAGACUAAAGUAUGGGAAGAUGUCUCUUAAAGGGGACGUUGGUGAAAAGCCUUCUGUAUCUUUUGAUCCCUUGUGGGCGUUUUUGAGGCUCCUCGUAAGCUUCCAUCCUCUUUUCAUAUUUGGAACAAUUAUACGCAACAAAUUUUGGGGGAAGAGUCCU